CAUUGUGUAUCAGUAUAAUACAGACAAAUGUAGACAAGUCUAUUGAUUUCCUUCCUGAUUUUCAAAAAGGGAAGUUGAACCUUGGAGUGUGUGGGGGGAGAAACUCAUUUUAUCUUCACUUCAGGACAUUGUUAUACAAUAGCCUACACAUAUGCAUGCUCUUUGUUAUUUUUUCCUCUCAGUCCUGACCCAAGUGUCUUCAAGCACCCUCAAAGUUAUUGGCUUCUUUGGGGACAAUGUAACAUUGCCCUGUUCAUAUGACACCAAAACGUACGGCGCUCUGGGUUUCUGCUGGGGACGAGGGACUCUGCCGAUGUCCAAAUGCUCCAACACCAUCCUCUCCUCCGAUGAUGGGACUGUGUUUUCCAGGCAGUCCCUCAGGUACCAGCUCCUGGGCAGGGUGACAGACGGAGACGUGUCCCUGACCGUCUUGAAUGCUCAGUGGAGUGAUGCUGGGGUGUACGGCUGCCGGGUCAGCAUCCCAGGAUGGUUCAAUGACUACAAGGUCAACACACACCUGGUCAUUGAGGAAGCUCCUACAGAAGAAGCUGUUACAGAGGACUGGACACUUACUACUAGUGGGACACAAGAAAUAUUGACAACAUCUUCACUUCUAAAUGUAGAAGUUGAUGACCUUACAUUUGACUUAAUUGGAACUCCAACAGCUGAGAAAAAAUUUGAAGCCUUCCCAGGAGUGGUAAACAUUGGCAGGACGACAGCUAUUUUCAUCUUCACCAUAGUCAUAAUCCUCGUCUUCGUUUUCUGGAAAGGAUUCCUGCAGAGGAGGACACUUCAACAUCUCAACACCUCAGCUGUUGAAAACAUUUAUGAAAGUGCAUGAGUGAUGGUCAACAGCAGGAGAAAUAAAUUCUGCCGAACAAACUGCUAUCUGAAGGCGUCUGCUUGUCAUGUGCUGACUCUAGCUGCCUUUUGAAGUCUUAUCUAUUAAUCUCUAAGAGGGCGGAAAUACAAUGUAUUUCCCCAGAAAAGCAGCUUACAGUGUCCCUUUGGUCUCAGAUUGCAUUGAAAAAGGAGAGUGUGAGUAGCUGAGAAGAUGCAAAAAAUACCUGUGAUAAUAAGCUUUAUUUUUUUCUGUUUUUCAUCUCAAAAUUGAUCUCACAGUCCUGAAAAGCACAUGGAUACUUGAGGAUAUCUUGCCACCUACUGGACUUAAUGCAUUAUUAUCAACCUUCAUCCUGAAUACGCUUUGCAAACACAGUUUGGGAGGUGAAGGCAGACAGAGAUAAAGGACAGCGUGGGAGAAAUGUCUAUUCCUGCUCUAUUCCUACGUGCUUUGACAAAAGUGAAAUCUGAGUUGUGUAUUGAAAUAUUAUGCCCACUAAAAAGUUCAAUAAAAACACAUUUUGUUGA